UAGAACUGGACAGGUUACAGCUAUAUGUGUUAAGAUUAAUAAGUUAUAUUUAAUCGACCGUGCCAAAAAGCUGAUAGGCAUUUGGAUAUCUUAUCACAGCAGGUGGCGCUGCGGUCGAAGGUUCGGGAAGUUAUUCUUCUUUAAACUCUAUAAGAGCAAGGGAGUUUAAAUCUUAUCGACUACAGCUAUUUGUUCCAAGAUUGAUAAGUUUUAACUAUAUUUAAUCGACCUUGCCAAGAAGCAGAUAGGUAUUUAUCUUAUCACAGGCAGCUGUUCCAUUUGAGAAGUGGCGCUGCGGUCGGAGUCUCGGAAAGAUAUUCCUGCUUGAACUGCGAUAGAUCUGGACAAUUUUAAUCUUAUCACUUACAACUAUAUGUUUUAAGAUUAAUAAGUCGUAAUUUUAUAUCCAAUAGAGCGUGCCAAGAAGCAGAUAGGUAUUUAGACAUCAUCGGCAGCUGUUCCAUUUGAGAAGUACAUCUCCGCAACUUAGUUAACAUGUCGCGGACUGAAUUUGUGAAGAAAUUCUUCGCCAAACUGAACUCGUUCCACCGCAAUUACAUGGGGAAGGAGGCCUUUAUCGAGUUCGUGGGCCUGCAGCUCUGCUACACCGGCAACCGGAAGUGGCUCGUGUGGCGCAUCCUGUUCAUGGACCUGUACCUGCGCUUCUGCCGCGCCCGCAACUCCUUCCCCUCCGACAUGACCCAGAUCGGGAUGCACCUGGCCUUCGCAGGGGUCCAGUCCGUCACCUUGCACUACGACCGGGCCCUGAUGACCUUCUACAGCGGCUUCUCCGUGUUCGGGAUGGACAGGGACGUGCCGUACUGCACGAAGGGAUACACCCACGUGUACGUGAGCGUCCUGCCGUACAUCGAGAUCCACGUGAAGAAGGAGGAGGAGGAGAGCCAGCGCAGGGGAGUGAAGCGGGUGGCGGGCGUGGCCUGCAAGAAGGGCCCCAUCACCCAAUACAACAAGUACAAGGAGACCACGGGAAGAGCCCCGCCCCCGAAGAAGAGGAGGACGUAGAGGCCGGGGAGGACGGCGCGCGGAGAGGGAGGGCGCGAGGGCAGGCCUUGAGAUCUGACCUCCGUUGACCCUGCGGAAGGUAACUCUUUUAUCUUGAUUUCGUUUGGUUUUGUUGCCAAGCGUCGGUGCCUUACAGUGUUUUGUUAAUGUUCAGCAAAUUGGAUCAAAGUGUAUUUCAGUCAUUUUAUUCAAAAUAAUAUUGUUACUACCAUCAUCAUCAUUACUAUUAUCAUUAAGGUCACUUUUCGU